CAUUCUCAGCACCAUUUUUGUCUAAUUUCUUAAACAAGAUAUAAAUAUAUAAUAAAAAACAUCUCUAAGAAAAGUGCAAAAAAUGGGGAGAGGAAGAGUGGAGCUUAAGAGAAUUGAGAACAAGAUUAACAGGCAGGUUACCUUCUCUAAGAGAAGAAAUGGUUUGCUGAAGAAAGCUUAUGAGCUUUCUGUACUGUGUGAUGCCGAAGUUGCUCUUAUCAUCUUCUCUAGCCGUGGCAAACUCUAUGAGUUUGGUAGUGCUGGUAUAAGCAAAACCCUUGAACGAUACCAACGUUGCUGCUUCAAUCCUCAGGACAACAGUAUCGAACGUGAAACACAGAGCUGGUACCAGGAGGUAACAAAGUUGAAAUCAAAAUAUGAAUCUCUUCAACGCACACAAAGGAAUUUGCUUGGAGAGGAUCUUGGACCACUGAGUGUGAAAGAGCUGCAAAAUCUUGAGAAACAGCUUGAAGGAGCUCUUGCACUGGCUAGGCAGAGGAAGAAUCAGAUUAUGGUCGAGCAAAUGGAAGAACUUCGCAAAAAGGAGCGUCAGCUUGGAGACAUAAACAAGCAACUCAAGAUCAAGCUGGAGACAGAAGGACUAAAUCUGAAAGCCAUUCAAGAUUUAUGGGGUUCUAGUGCAGCUGCUGCUGCUGGAAAUACCAGCUUCCCUCUCCAUCCUUCACAUGAAAGCCCUAUCAACUGUGAACACGAGCCUAUUUUACAGAUUGGGUACACUCCUCACCACUUUGUUCCUGCUGAAGGAUCUUCAGGGCCGAAGACUAUGGUUGGUGAGACCAACUUCAUCCAGGGUUGGGUCCUUUGA